CUGCCUCACAUCAAACCAUCUUUUAUUAUUUCGUAAUAGCUAAAUCUAACACAGACAAAUACUAACAAUUUUUAGGGUGUUUACGAUUUAUCUCUCGGUUCCCAUGUUGUCCAAAGGUCUUUUUGCUGUCUUUUUCGUAAUCACUUUGUUGUACGCAAGUUUGUUAAUUGAAGUUGAAGGGAUUGGUGUGAACUGGGGCUCUCAGGCGAGGCAUCCCCUGCCUCCGGCCACGGUGGUGAGACUUCUCCGGGAUAACGGUAUCCAAAAGGUGAAACUUUUCGAGGCCGACUCUGCGAUUCUCAAAGCUUUAAGUCGGUCAGGGAUUCAGGUUAUGGUCGGAAUCCCUAACGACUUACUUGCUCCUAUAGCCGGUAGCGUUGCAGCCGCAGAGAGAUGGGUCUCUCAGAAUGUCUCUGCUCAUGUCUCCUCUAAUGGCGUCGAUAUCAGGUAUGUGGCAGUUGGGAAUGAGCCUUUCCUAAAAGCAUUCAACGGAACAUUUGAGAGUAUAACUCUUCCUGCUCUUCAGAAUAUACAAUCUGCUAUCAUCAAAGCUGGUUUAGCGACUCAGGUGAAAGUCACAGUGCCGCUUAACGCUGAUGUGUACCAAAGUGCGUCUAAUCUCCCUUCGGAUGGAGAUUUCAGGCCUGAAAUCCGCGAUCUCAUGUUAAACAUUGUUAAGUUUCUAAGUGAUAACCAAGCACCAUUCACUAUCAACAUUUACCCUUUCAUCAGUCUCUACAACGAUCCGAAUUUCCCUGUGGAGUUUGCUUUCUUUGAUGGAACAGGUACUCCUAUUAACGACAAUGGAAGAAUCUACGACAAUGUUCUUGAUGCAAACUACGAUACACUCGUUUGGUCUUUGCAGAAGAAUGGGUUUGGGAAUUUGACUAUUAUUGUUGGGGAAGUUGGGUGGCCAACAGAUGGAGAUAAGAACGCAAACAUGAUGUAUGCGAGGCGGUACAACCAAGGGUUUAUGAACCGUCAAAAGGCUAAUAAAGGAACACCUAUGAGACCUGGAGCAAUGGAUGCUUACUUGUUUGGUCUUAUCGAUGAAGAUGCCAAAAGCAUUCAGCCUGGAAACUUUGAAAGACACUGGGGGAUUUUUUACAUUGAUGGACAGCCUAAGUAUCAGCUCAGUCUUGGCAACGGUAACGGGCUGAUCCCUGCAAAGGAUGUGCAUUAUUUGGCUAAGAAAUGGUGUAUUCUUGCGCCAAAUGCUAAUCUUCAGGAUCCUCAGUUGGGACCAAGUGUGAGCUACGCUUGUGAUCAUGCUGAUUGCACCAGUCUUGGGUAUGGCUCCUCUUGUGGUAACCUGAAUCUAGCACAGAAUGUUUCAUAUGCGUUCAAUAGCUAUUACCAGGUAAGUAAUCAGCUCGACAGUGCGUGUAAGUUCCCGGGUCUCUCUAUAGUCAGUACUAGGGAUCCUUCUGUUGGGAGUUGCAAAUUCAAGAUAAUGAUCAAGUCAGAAGAUGCUAGUGAAGCAAGUGCCAUGAUGCCUCUUACACGAUCAACGGCAAUGCUGCUACUUUUCUCCAUCUGUCUGUAUAUUGUUCUGUGAAUACUGAAGAAAAUUUGAUGGGUUUGAUUAUUUCUUUUUUCCUUUUUCUUUUGCAAAACUUUGGUGUUUAUGGAGAAACAGAAAGAUACAGUGAGAUUUAUGUAUUACUUGUUUGAUCUCUUAUUUCACGAGAGCAGUUUGGUGUUCACUGUCUCUCUUUUGCCUCUCUUAUUAGUAAUCAGAGCUCAUAAUGACCAAAAUUCUAAUCAUUCACUAUGCAAAUUAGCUGCUAAAGCCAAACCUUUUAUUCGGAUAUUUUCAAAUAAAGCAACCUUUUAGCU